AUGGAGGAUCACGACUUAGAUCAAAAGCGCCGCAGAGCAAUAAAUCCAUCAUACCCUUUUGUUGAUCAGGCUGAAUGGCAGCUAGCAGAGUUCCUCUUCAAAAAUAGACCCAGGCCAUCCUUCAAGAGCGCAGAUCAACUAUUUGGCUGGAUUGAUGCGCUACCAAGCGGCCCAGAGUGGCAAUCAACGACACUCGAGUUUACCAACUACACAACUGCAAGGCCAAUCGAGCUAAUCUGGUGUGACGGUCUCGAAGUCGUCAAAGAUCUCUUUGCAAACCCGAUCUUUUCCAAUCAUAUGAUGUAUGAUCCUCACAUUGUUACCACUGGCUCAGAACGCGAAUAUGGCGAGUUUUUUACAGCUAACAUGGCUUUCGAUAUUCAGAACAACCUUCCAGAAGGUGCCACUAUGGUACCAAUCAUCCUCGCAUCCGACAAGACGCCCGUAACCAGGAUGUCGGGAGGAUUAGAAAUGCACCCGGUGUUCCUUAUGAUUGCCAAUAUUCAAUCUGAAGUUCGUAUGAAGGCCACCGCUCAUGCAUGGCGCUGUGUUGCAUUUAUCCCGAUUCCGAAGUUUGAUGUUCACGCGGAUUUCCAAACACUCCUCCAUGCUCGCCUGUUCCACAAGUGCAUGGACAUGAUAUUUGCCAAAUGCAAGGUGGCUGCGAGGGUCGGUGAAUACAUGUUGGACUCCAUGGGUUAUAUCCGGCAUUGCUUCACUCCGCUCCUCAUCUACGACCUAUGCAAACGUGUUGAUCCAUGGAAUGUACCACUCUUCCAACGCGAAGCUAAAGCAUUGCUGCUUAGCGGCGUUCAUCAGCCAUAUUGGAGAGAUUGGCCGCAUGCAGAUCCAAGUCAUUUUUUGCCCGGCGAACUGCUUCACACCUGUCACAAAUAUUUUGGUGACCAUCCUUUAAAGUGGUGCAAGGAAGUUGUCGGGGAGGAUGAACUUGAUGCUCGCUACAAGGCUCAUCAUAAACGAGUCGGAACACGUCAUUUUGGGUCUGGUGUCUCCCACAUCAACCAGAUGACGUGCCGGGAGCAUCGUGACAUUGAACGGACCAUUGUCGCCACAGUCGCUGGUGCAGCAAACACAACCCCUGAUUUCGUCCAUGCCAUUCGUUUCCUCACCGAAUUCAUUUACCAGGCACAGAGCCCCGUGCACACUGACUCGUCCAUUGAUGCUAUGGUGCACUCCCUCCACAUGUUUCAUACGCUGAAGCAAGCGAUACUCGAUGCCGGUGCUCGGAGAGGGAAGAGUGGAACGAUCGAUAACUUCCUCAUCCCCAAAAUGGAGUUGUUUCACAGCUUUGCGGGGUCCAUCAGAGAUCUCGGAGGUUUGAUACAGUACUCAGCGGAUGUUAGUGAGCGACUCCUGAUCACACACUGCAAAUUUCCAUUCGAAAGGACUAGUCGGCAAGCCAGGAAUUUUACCUUACAGGUCGUCCAAAUUCUCAAUCGUGACGAAACCAUGCGACACUUCAAUCUUUAUACCCUUUUGCAUUCGCAUGGUACACCGCUCGUGAAUGCCAUCGCAAUCGAAGACAAUAUCGUCACGGAGACAGAUCCUACUUUGGCCUGGAUAGCGCGUGUGCUUCCCGGCGAGCAGAAUCGCUUCCAUGGCCCGCGACCUGUCCGCAACCAUUUUUUGAAGGGAAUACUUUCUGUUGAAGCUAAUGCCGCAUUUCAUGUCACCAUCUCUCCCGAUCGAAAGUCACUUUCUAUCACUGAUCUGCAAUCUAUCUACUCUCUCCCAAAUUUCGGCGCAGUGCUCAUGGAAUAUAUCAAUGACUCGUCCCAAAACACCCCAACAACAGCCUGGACGUGUGCGCGAGAUUCAGUCAGGACAUGGAACAAGUUUCGUUUACAGCUACACUCUACCUUCCAGUCGCGAGUUGUGAUGCCGAGUCAAAUCAUCCAAGCGUUUCCACCAUCAGAGACCUUCCCUAUGGGCAAUUGCGAUGCAGUUCUCGUGCAAUUGCCUGGCAAUGAUGAUACAUACAUUGCGCAAGUGCGUUGUGUUUUUCAAGCUAUUGCCAGGAAAGGUCAAACCCUGCCCCACUAUCUUAAAGACUCGCCCCUUCUAUACGUUCAGUACUUUCAGAUCACAGCAACACCUACUGAGGAUGCAAGCGCUGGCAUGUACCGAGUGAAACGCAUCUACCAUCAGGAUGGAACAGGUCGGAUCUUUCGACCUGGCAGCAUCAUUCCGCUGACAGCCGUUACCUGUGCUGUUGAGCUGAUCCCUAUGUAUGGUUCGAAGAUGAAUCGCAUGAUAAAUGCUACGAAUGCAAUGGAGAUCUGUGAUGAAUACUACUUGAAUACAUUUUCGGACAAGGAAGUUUUCAAUACAAUGCACAGUGGUUUGAUGUAG